AUAAAAAGGCCCAUCAACUUCUCAGCCUAUACAUACACAUCCCUUAACACACGUCAACCUCUCUAAAAACUCUUUAAUUUCAAUUCCCUCUUUCUGCUUUCUUCCUCAAACCGAAAUGAAUGGCGACGGAAAAUCGGAGGCCGGCGAACCAAUGGAAGACGAGGAGGAGCUACUAACUCAGAGAACGGUGUAUAUGUGGGGUUACUUACCCGGAGCCUCGCCGCAACGCUCGCCUCUGUUGUCACCGACCGUGGUCAAGAUUCCGCCGGCAGUCGAAAGCUCAUGGAAAGAUGUAUCCGGCGGAGGAUGCGGUUUCGCAAUGGCUACUUCAGAAUCGGGGAAGCUUAUUACAUGGGGCUCAACAGAUGAUUUAGGUCAAAGCUAUGUCACAUCAGGGAAGCACGGGGAGACUCCAGAGCCUUUUCCUCUUCCUCCUGAGGUUUGUGUACAGAAGGCUGAAGCUGGAUGGGCUCAUUGUGUGGCAGUUACAGAGAGCCAUGAGGUUUAUACAUGGGGAUGGAAGGAAUGUAUACCCACAGGAAGAGUGUUUGGACAGGUAGAAGGAGAUUCCUGUGAAAUGAAUAUCUCCUUCUCUGCAGAGCAAGUGAGUCCCAGUUCUCAAAGCAAAAAAACUAGCGGUGGAACGUCUUCUCAAACUGAGGCUAGAGGUAGACCGGAACCCACAAAGAAAAGGAGGAUUUCACAGGCAAAGCAAGCUGCUGAAAACUCAUCACAGUCUGAGAACAACGACCUCUCGGCAUUGCCUUGUCUUGUAUCGUUGGCUCCAGGAGUUAGGAUUGUCAGUGUUGCUGCUGGUGGACGUCAUACUUUAGCAUUAUCAGAUAUUGGACAGGUGUGGGGUUGGGGUUAUGGAGGAGAAGGACAGCUUGGUUCGGGAUCCCGUGUACGCUUAGUCUCCUCUCCUCAUCCUAUUCCGUGCAUUGAGCCUUCUUCCUAUGGACAAGGCAGCUCGUCUAUGAGUUCAGAUGUACAGUGCGGCCGUGUUCUUGGAAGUUAUGUCAAAAGAAUUGCAUGUGGAGGGCGACACAGUGCUGUGAUCACAGAUACUGGAGCGCUCCUUACCUUUGGUUGGGGGCUUUAUGGACAGUGUGGCCAAGGGAGCACGGAUGAUGAACUAAGUCCUACAUGCGUAUCCUCUUUGCUGGGAAUCAGGAUAGAAGGAGUCGCUGCAGGUCUAUGGCACACAGUCUGCGUUUCAUCUGAUGGUGAUGUGUAUUCGUUUGGUGGAAACCAAUUUGGUCAGUUAGGUACUGGUUGUGAUCAAGCUGAGACUCUUCCAAAACUAUUGGAGGCUCCAAAUCUGGAAAACGUGAACGUCAAAACCAUCUCAUGUGGAGCUCGUCACACUGCUGUAAUCGCAGAUGAAGGGAAAGUAUUUUGCUGGGGAUGGAACAAAUAUGGUCAGUUGGGACUAGGAGAUGUGAUUGAUAGGAACGCACCAUCAGAGGUUAGAAUAAAAGACUGCAUCCCCAAGAACAUUGCGUGUGGUUGGUGGCAUACUCUGCUUCUAGGCCAAUCCUCUCUCUGAAUGUGCCCACACAACAACAUCAAAAAAAAAAAAACACAUCCCCAAUUUUGUUAGGGUUUAGAACUUUGAGUUCAUAGACAGUAUUUGUACAUACACGAGCAGCAUUUUAUUGUAUGCAAUGUAAUGAUGUAUGUUCUUCUGAUUAGCUUUUAACUUUUCAAACAUUAGUUUAGUUUUCAAGUGAAGUUCCUUUGUUCUAUACUAGUGAUAGUAAAUAAAGCUCUAUUUGUUAAUUCAACUGCAAUCCAG